AUGGGUGGGCUCGGAAGUGCGAGCAACGACUACAACUACUGCACCAGCAACGACUACAACUACUGCACCAGCAACAACUACAACUACUGCACCAGCAACGACUACAACUACAGUACCAGCAACGACUACAACUACAGCACCAGCAACGACUACAACUACUGCACCAGCAACGACUACAACUACAGCACCAGCAACGACUACAACUACAGCACCAGCAACGACUACAACUACAGCACCAGCAACGACUACAACUACAGCACCAGCAACGACUACAACUACUGCACCAGCAACGACUACAACUACAGCACCAGCAACAACUACAACUACAGGACCAGCAACAACUACAACUACAGCACCAGCAACGACUACAACUACUGCACCAGCAACAACUACAACUACAGCACCAGCAACAACUGCAACUACAGCACCAGCAACAACUACAACUACUGCACCAGCAACAACUACAACUACAGCACCAGCAACAACUACAACUACUGCACCAGCAACAACUACAACUACAGCACCAGCAACAACUACAACUACAGCACCAGCAACAACUACAACUACUGCACCAGCAACGACUACAACUACAGCACCAGCAACAACUACAACUACAGCACCAGCAACAACUACAACUACUGCACCAGCAACAACUACAACUACAGCACCAGCAACAACUACAACUACUGCACCAGCAACGACUACAACUACAGCACCAGCAACAACUACAACUACUGCACCAGCAACAACUACAACUACUGCACCAGCAACAACUACAACUACAGCACCAGCAACGACUACAACUACUGCACCAGCAACAACUACAACUACAGCACCAGCAACAACUACAACUACAGCACCAGCAACGACUACAACUACAGCACCAGCAACAACUACAACUACAGCACCAGCAACGACUACAACUACAGCACCAGCAACAACUACAACUACUGCACCAGCAACGACUACAACUACUGCACUAGCAACAACUACAACUACAGCACCAGCAACGACUACAACUACUGCACCACCUACGACUACAAAAACUACAACACAAGCAACAACUACAACUACAACUACUGCAGCCUCCUCUGCUGUGUCUGA